AAAACCGCUUGCGACUUGUCACUUAUUCCUUUUUUUGCGUGACGAUUUUUAACUCUCCGGUUUGUUUGUUUUUUCAGUUUGAGUUGCACAUCAAACGAACAAUCGAGUGAUUUUUAAGGAAUAACUUGUUCUUCGUGAGCUGAAGCAUCAUGGCGGAGUUUGUGGACAAGCGUCUCGAGCGCGGACUUGGUGAACUAGAGCAGAUGGAAUCCGAAUUGGAUUGUGAGAAAAGACAGCAGUACAAUAGCAUUUCUUGUAGAGCCAUUAUUCAGAAGCGAAAAGGGCUCGAGUAUCGCGUACAGCGCUAUGAGAAAUCUGUGGAUGAUCAUCUCGAGUACAUCAAGCAUGAAAUGAAUUUUUUGGAUCUGAUCAAACUGCGCCGCGCCCGGCUCGGAUAUGCGUUGAAGUUCAGCGAUAUCGAAGGAUCUAUCGGCAAACGAUGUCAAGCUAGACUUCAGCAAGCCGAACGGCGGUUUCCCGGUAGUAUGGAAGUCUGGAGUCUUCAUAUCGAAUUAUGUAAAAAACUCAACUGGGGUCCUGUAGCCAGCGAAGUGUACACUCGGAUGCUGCAAUUGCAUUCUGACAAGCUCGAUAUUUGGAAACAAGCUGCGGAUUUCGAGUUGGAUUUUAAUGGCUCGCCCGAUAAUGCGCGAAAAUUGUGCUUGAAAGCGUUGAGGUGGCACGAAAAAAAUCCUGACACAUGGCGGCAUCAUUUAGCGAUAGAAAUGCGCAUAGCGAAGAAGGUUUUCCAGCGGGCAGCCGUGUUGGAUAUUCCUGCCGAGCAGGUUGCCUCAGCGGAAGAUGCGAUUACCAGUGGGAAAGUAGCACUGCUAGUGGCGACGAAUGCAAUGGACACUAUUAGGACAUUAGACUUCGCAUCUUCGCUAUAUGAGCAAGUAUUGCGUUUCGGCUGUGAACCUGACGCUCCUGCCGAGUUAUGGAAACCCGUUUCGGAAGGCAUUAUGCAGCAUAUGGAACAACAGUAUUCCAUGAAUCCAGAAUUCGCCUUGGAGCACGCUAAAUUAAUGUUGAUGUCAGCGAAAAUUUCCAAAAAUCUAACGGAAUACAGUCUAAUUAAAGCUGAAAGCGAAGCGUACGCUAUAAUGGAUAAAUUUAUUGCGGAAAAUGCUGUUGACAAUAUUCCUGUGGAUGAUAUAACUGAAAGUGUUGCGGAUAGUACUACGGAAAAAUAUUGGAGAGUUUAUUUGAGAUUUUUGGUUGAACUCCGCAUGGACAGUAUUCCCGUCGACUGGAUUGAGAUUCAGCGCUUACGGUUCCAGAAAGCGGAUACUAUUUACCGCGAGGCUGACAAGCGCGGUUAUCUUACGUUUGAUAACUAUUUAUCAUGGGCCAAAAUAUGCGUUGAGAGGCGAAAGUUUACGGAAGCGUUGCAAAUCAUGAAAAAAGCAGAACACCAAGGUCCUUGCUCCGUCAACGAUUACCAUCGACUUAUUUCGCUGUAUGAAACAUUACCAGAUAAAAAAGACAGCAUUUUAUUACUAAUGCAGAAAGCGAGAAAGAAAAUAAUUGUGAAGGAUAUUGAUUUCUGGCAGCAUAUGACCAAAUGGGUUGUGGAGUUUUCGACGCAAUCAGAAUACGUUGAAUCAUUUUUUCGAGAUGGAUUGAAACAAUCGAGACCAAUUAUUGCCUUUAUUUCGAUGGAAUUCAUACAAUGGGCGUACAAAGCAAACGCUAGCAAAGGGCGAGCCAUAUACGCCGAAAUCUGCAGUUUACCCGGUGUCUGCACUGAAGCAUUUGUGAAGUGUGUUAUUGCUGAAGAAGAACGGCUGAACGCUCCCGUUGCUGUUUUGCGGAAGCUGUAUGAACAGAAUCUGUUGAAGUUGGGCGUGGAUUGUGUUGAUUUGUGGAUUGGGUACCUAAAUCUGGAGUCUACUCACAAAGAUGGUGAUCCCAUGAAAUGUGUUGACAUAGCUUGGAGAGCGAAACGUGCUCUACGGUCCGAUUUGGUGACAUUGUUUGUUACUAUGUCUGAUUUAGUAAUAAACAAUACUAGCCCAAGAUGACUUCGAGGAGCAGUCGUGUUGUAUUUAUACAGUAGUAAUAUCUGAAGUGUUUGUUCUAGUACUUUUUUUAUUGUUAAAAAGCCCGUUUUUUGCAAUGGUGAAUGUAAAUCAAAAUUUUAUUAAAAAAUUU